AUGUCUUGCCAUUUUGCGCCUCCGGGCGCGGCGGUGCCCGUGGCCUCCAGGAGCACGCAAGCACCGGAGCCCGCUGCUGCUGCUGAGCCCGCUGCGGCCACCCCCGCGCCCCGCCUGGUUUGCCCGAUCUGCCUGAACGAGGAGUUCGACAUCACGGACCUCAAAACCUCCGGGCUGAACUGCGGGCGCUGUUCCCGCACGUUUGAGUCGGCGGACGCUUAUGCAGACCUGACGAUCACGUCGGGCCGGAUGCCGAAGCUGUACGAGGAGAACCGCGCGGUCGGCACGGAGCUGUUCCGCUCCCCGCUGAUCUCCUUCGUCUACGAACGCGGCUGGCGCCAGGGCUUCUCCUGGGCAGGGUUCCCGGGGCUGGAGAAGGAGACGCGGAUGGCGCUGAAGCGGCUGGAGCCGGCCAGCGGAGGUCUGUUGCUGGACGUCAGCUGCGGGUCGGGCCUCUUCACGCGCGAGUUCCUGCGCAGCGGGCAGUUCGGAGAGGUCAUCGCGUCGGACUUCAGCGAGUCCAUGCUCCGUCAGACCCGCCAGUUCCUUGAGGAGGACCCGAAGCUGAAGGGCGUCGCGAAGAACGUCCGCCUCAUCCGUGCCGAUGUUGCGCGCCUGCCGUUUGCGACUGGCAGCCUGGACGGCGUCCACGCCGGCGCAGCAAUCCACUGCUGGCCGGAGCCGGUCUCCGCCGCCGCCGAGAUCUCCCGCGUGCUCAAGCCGGGCGGCGUCUUCGUCGGGUCGACGUUCCUGUCGUUCACGGCGCCCAUCGGGCAGAUCGUGGGGGACGAGGCGAUGCGGCCGUUCGAGCGCGCGGCGGCGAUGUACAAGAGCACGGGCGCGCCGUCCAUGCCGUACCGCUGGUGGAUGCAGGACGAGCUGGAGGAGGUGUUCUCCGCGGCGGGCCUCGAGAAGUUCGAGUGCGUGCGCGACAACCGCUUCAUCAUGUGGAGCGUCCGCAAGCCCGAGUGA